AUGAGAGAUCGGCCCGUCAUCAGCACCAAAAAUUACACCAUAGACUGCGGCGAUGCUGAUGAGAACAAAGUAGGUGGCUGCGCUAUAGCUGUGAGGAAAGAUUAUAACAACCUGAUGGAGGAAUUUGGCUCAACGUCUCAACGUCGUGGAUAUCAGGAAAUUCGAACACCAGCCGGAUGUUCAAUACCGUUUGAAGUGAUAACAGGAGUAAGACAAGGGGCAGUGGCAGGCCCCUUCCUGUUCAAUUUCGCCAUCGACGACAUUAUGCGAACAGUCGAUCAGUGUCUUGCCAACAUCGUCUUAGCACCAUCAGCGUGCCCCUUGACUGACCUCGAUUACGCCGAUGAUGUUAUAUUCACGGAGAGCAGUACGAAACUUCAACAUGUUGUCAACACUAUGUCGAAGCUGGCUGCAGCCUACGGACAACGUCUACGCAAUGAUGAAUGCAUGCAGAUGUGGAUCUCUUCGAGACCUUGA